AUGCCUCCCCGUCAACCGUCAACAGCCGGCAUCUCGACAACCACAACGAUAGCCCUCCUACUCAUCCUCUUCCUCGCCCUGUUCCCGGACCUGUUCCACCUCAUCUGGACCCUGCCGCUUAGCCUCAUCGGCCGCGCGACUCACUUCUCCUCCAAACCGCAGCCUACCCUGCAGCCCUCACUCACAAUGUCGUGGACGCAGAAGCAAUUCACGCUCCAGUCCAGGUCGCGUGGCUCGUAUCUCAUCACCGACCAGGUCACGGCCGCCGUGCCCGAGAUUCGCAACUACAAGGUCGGGCUGCUGAACCUUUUCGUGCAGCACACGAGCUGUGCGCUGAGCCUCAACGAAAACUGGGACGAGGACGUUAGGGAAGACAUGAGUGAUGCCCUCGAUCGCAUUGCGCCCGCAGAGGGACCCAAGGGCCAGGCGCUGUACCGCCAUGACGCAGAAGGACCCGACGACAUGCCUGCUCACAUCAAAUCUGCCCUGAUUGGGGCCAGCGUCACUAUCCCCAUCAAGGACGGCAAGCUGGCGACCGGAACUUGGCAAGGAAUUUGGUAUCUCGAGUUCAGGGCCAGCAAGCAUCAGCGACGGGUUGUGGCCACCAUCCAGGGCGAAAAGAUGUAG